AUGGACAGACCCAUCGUCCUCCAUCUAGGCGACCUAAUCAAGUACAACCAAGAUUUCUAUGACAAUGACUUUCUUGCUCGAUUCAACGUCAUUCGAAACAAUGCGUUCGAUCGCCCGACGUUUAUCAAAGCUCUAAAAGAGAAACGCUACGGCGAAUUCGUCGCAAUCUUUCGACCACACUUCCAGUCUGGAGGAGAGAUGGGCCAGUGGGACGACGAACUUAUCGCCUUAUUGCCAGACUCUGUUCGCAUCUUCGCAUCCGCGGGAGCUGGAUUCAAUUGGGCGGAUGUCGAGGCUCUCGGGCGCCGCGGGAUCUGGUACGCGAAUGGCGCGGGCGCAUCGGACGAAGCAGUCUCAGACACGACUCUCUACAUGAUUCUCUCCGUGUUCCGAAACUUCACUCGAGCGCAGCUGGCUGCUCGGACAGCGGAUCCAGAAAUCUUUACGGCAACGCAUAAGCUUAUUGCGACGAUCUCGCAUAACCCGCGAGGCCAUAUUCUGGGCCUCAUUGGGCUCGGCAACAUCAGCAAGAAGGUGGCGGUCAAGGCUCAAGCUUUGGGGAUGUCGGUCCAUUACUAUGAUGUUGUCCGACAGGAUCAGGAGGUGGAGCAAACCCUGGGUGUCACUUACCAUGAAUCACUGGAAAGUCUACUGAAAGUGUCGGACUGCGUUUCGCUGCAUACUCCGUUGAAUCAGCAUACGAAGCACCUCAUCAACCGCGACACUCUGAGGAUGAUGAAGCCUGGGGCACGGCUUAUCAACACUGCUCGUGGGGAGGUUGUCGAUGAAGAAGCUCUAAUUCAAGCCCUGGAGGAUGGCUCGUUAUCCGCAGCUGGCCUGGACGUUCACUACCAUGAGCCGCAGGUCUCUCCGAAACUCGCGGCCAUGGAAAAUGUCACCCUCACCACCCAUAUUGCCGGAGGCGCUCUGAAUACACGUAUCAAUUUUGAGCUCAACGCUAUGAAGAACAUCCUCGCUACUGUAGGAUCUGAGGGAGAGCUCAUCGGACAGCCAUUUACCCCUGUCAAUGCCAAACAGGUGUUAGAUUAUCUUGAAGCGCAGUCUUAG